CAAAGGCGACCCUCCUGCGAAUCGCUGACCCCGGCAGCUAGAUUCGUCUCCGCUAUCAUAUCUGGCAGAUCGAUCCAGAUCGGUUGAGAUCAACCAUCGUCUCCGUAAUGCCUGCCGCCAGCUUCAGGUGGGAUCUCGAAGAGGAACUAUGGUUGAAGCAACGUGUUCUGGAGGAAUAUCCUGAACAGUCGGAAGCUACUCGCCCUGACUGGUACCGGCAGGUCAUCACGGACUUCAAGGAUCGAUUCCAGCAUGUGCCAACACCUACGGACGGGGAUUUCGACAGGCUCAUGGAGGGGGACGAGGGCGAUAAAUGGGAUAAAGCCCCGGAGAGGAUGUUCAAAAUUGACCACUUUUGGAUCUGUACCUGUGCGGCUUAUGAGCCACCGUCGAAUGACAGCAGCGCUUACUAGAAUUUCCAUUCGGGUUCAUUUCAGAGGAUCAAGAAGUGGAUCAAGAAUCAUCGUGCGCAGAUCCUGGACCAUCCAAAGUCAAACAAAUACACGGCGAAGGCUAUCUCGGUUCCUAAGUCUCCCCCGCGUGCACGCUCGAAGUCGCCGCGAGACCUUUUGCUCAAGUACGACGCCGCGGUCCAGGACAAGAGGAUAGAACUUAAUGCUCUCCGGAAGGACAAUCUACUCACUCAGGCACAGGCGAUGAGCCUACUGGGCAAAUUUGCUACAGAAAGGCUAGAAAUUCCGGAAGUCAACGCCAAAUUCCGUAAGAUGGCCCAG